AUGUUCAACUGCUGUUCACAUGGAACCCUGCUCCACUUCGGCCUUCAAAGCUCUCGUUUGAAUAUUUGCUACUACCACCAAGAUCUGCACCUGCGGCGGCUCCACCCGGGCCCACGCCCCAGGCUUCGAGGCGCACCGCAGCGGCCCUCCUACUCGUCGCGGCCUAGCCCCCGCGGGCAUCGCACUGCCGGCGACGGCCGGAUCAACCAACACCUUUUCUGGGCUCUGAUGAGCGUCGGCAUCGGGCGCCUUAACCCGGCGUUCGGUUCAUCCCGCAGCGCCAGUUCUGCUUACCAAAAGUGGCCCACUGAGCACUCGCAUUCCACGGCGCGGCUCCACGCCAGCGAGCCGGCCCCCUUACCCAUUGAAACGGCGCCGGGGGCCGGCGGGCCCGGCCCCCGCACCCCCGCGCGAAACGCCGCGCUGCGAGGACGCCGCCCCCCGAGGGGGGCGACGCCCCCCGCCACGGCGCCGCCGACGGGGGGGGAGGAGGGCGCGGCGGCGGUCCUCUCCCUCGGCCCCGGGAUUCGGCGAGACCUGCUGCCCGGGGGCUCUAACACCCGGCAGCCGCUCGCGCGGCGCCGGGCCACCUGCCCGCCGGAGGCCUUCCCAGCCGACCCGGAGCCGGUCGCGGCGCACCGCCGCGGAGGAAAUGCGCCCGGCCAGGGCCGGCCGCCGGCCGGGCGGCGGUCCCCGCACCGGCCCGCCCCCCCCGGCCCGCCCCCGCGGACGGAGCUGCGCCGCCGCACCGGCCGACGGGGCCGGCCGGCCGACGGACGGCUUUUCCUUCCUCCCUGCCGACCCAGCCGUCCCGCCCCUACCGCCGCCCCCGCCGGCGCCCGCGCGCCGGGGGACGAGGAGGGGCGAACCGGAGGGAGAGGCGCGGAGAACGGGAGACCCCAUCCCGUAAGCGAGAACCGAAAAGGGAGCGCGGCGGAGACGGCCCCGAAGGACGCCGGCCGGGCGGCGCGCGGCGGCCUCGGCGGGGACAGAGACGAGAGAACGACGGCGCCCUCGCGCGCCGGAGACCGCGACAGAGGGGGACCGGCGAAGGAGGAGGGGGUCACAACCCCCGUUCCCCGGCCCUCCCGCCCGACGCGCGCGCGGCAGCACGGCACGGUACCCGCCGGGUACCCACCCGCAGACAGCCGCCCGCACGGGGGGGAAGCCCGGGGGCGAGGCCCGCGCCUCGCCCCCCCUCUCGGCCCUCUCUCUCUCUCGGCCCUCGGCGGCGCGCGUUCGACGCCGUCUCUCUCUCGCUCUCUCCCCGGCCGCCGCCACCGCACUGCGGCGCGGCCCCGGCGGGGACGAGCUCCACCCCAGCGGCUCGCUCCGGGAGCGGGGAGCUACGGAGCGCUCCCCGAGUCUGCAUUUAGGGGGACGAAGGCCCUGCGCGGCCGACCGCGACCGCGACGACGCCCGCCGGGCCGCAGGGAAAGGAUCGAGGCCGCCGAGGGGAACCGCUCCCCUCGCCGCGCCCCUACCGCCUUCCCUCCGGGCACCGGCCGGCCGCCGCCGCCGCCGCCCACCGCGGGCAACGGGCCUGCGAGGCGACCCCAGCCGCGCCGCCGGGGUGGCCCCCGGACGGCGAUUGAUCGUCAAGCGACGCUCAGACAGGCGGAGACGCCGCCUCGUGUGCCGUUCUUCGGAGGCGGCCCAGGCGCCCGGGCUCGGCCCGGCCUCCGCGCGGAGGGCCAGCACGGCGCGCGACGGACCGCGGGGGGCACGGCGGCCCGCCCGACCUCGAUUGCACGGGACGACACACACGCACACGCGGCCGGGGGCACGACGGCCGUCGGCCCCCGCACGCGCCGGCUCCCCUUCGCCGCGCCGCGCCGCGGCGCGGCCGGCUCUCCCCAGCGGCCUUGCAACGCUCGAGACGGCACGCGCCGACGACCGCACCGCCGGCGCGCCCCCCGCGGGAACCGCUCCCGUCGGAAAGGCCAGCGACCGGCGGCCGCACCCCGUCGCCGGUGCCGGAGGCGGACGCCACCGAGACCCGAGCCGGCGCCGCGGGUGCCCGAGGCCGGCCGGGCGGCGGACCCGCCGCCGCCGCGGCCGCCCUGCCGGGCCCACCGCAGCCGCGUCGCGCCGUCGGGGCCCCUUCCCCCGGGCACGCGCCCGGCGGAAGGC